AAUUUACGCCACGAGACGCCGCCGAUUCGACUAUUCUAAAAACACACCCGGCGCCCAUCUUUGUAACAUCUUAUAUUUUCCAUAACAUGAGUAUCAUCCUUUAUUUUGUCUAAGAUGUGAACGUUGAUUACUAUUCGUCACGUGGCUUUGCAACGCGUUUCAUGCAAAGUCUUGUGACAUGGCGAAAUUGGAAUUGUUAGCACACAUUUAUUUCACAGUUGGCCAUUCAUUGUUGAAAAUAUUAGACCUAUUUAUAUCCUUUCGAGUAGCUGAAACACAUUUCACUUUAAUAAUCCAGGUAAAUGGAAAUUAAUUGAGUACACCUGCCGGCAGCAGCUCGGUUUUAAGUAGCUGAAAAGGGGUCGUUUGACGCUGCGGUGUGCUUAGAAAGUACGCAUUCAUAGCGAAAUAAAGAAACAAUAAUGGCUAUGAAUAAGGACCCCAUGGGGGCAGUACAAGAUGGAGAGCCCACCAUUCAAGUGAAGAACCUCCAAGUCGCGGCCAAGUGUGGCCAUGUUCCUUCUCCAGGUGUUUCCAAGGGGCCAGUCUACCAACCCACCUCCACCUCCUCGGUUCCUGCUCCUCAGAUGUCGUCCCCCUCCGUCAUGGUGGUAACCAAGGUUUCCAAGCCGAGCGGGGCAAGUGCCAAUGGGCCCAAAGCGGUUCUGAGCCAGGCCAACACCACAAUGAACCCGACCUCAGUCCAGGGUAGGACAGUGGUGAUCACCGUUCCCAGGUCAACCGGACCACAGGUGCCCAUGGCGCCUCGGACACAGUUGCCCGCUAACAUCCAGAUUCCACCAGGUAUGAUGCUGAUCCGCAGUGACAGUGGUCAGCUGAUGCUGAUGUCCCAGCAGGCUUUGGCUCAGGCUCAACAGGCACUGAGAACCGGCAACGGGCAAGCCACCGGAAUUCUGGCCCGGCAGGUGUCCACGGCAGGUGCCACAAGUCAAAGCAAUGAGAAGGUGACAGUGAUUAGGAUGACGGCUCCUCAGACUUUCCAGCCACCAGCCGUCCAGAAGACGGCUGUGGUCAAGGUGAUCGGCGUGACUCCCAAGCCAGCUGUGGUUCAGACCCGCAGCGAGGUGGCUGAGCAUGCUUGUCAGCCGGUCACCGUGGAAACCAAGAAAGAGCCUCCACCCACAUUUAGUCAGGAGACGUUGGAGAGUGUAAAGAAGUGCAAGAACUUCCUGGUGACGCUAAUGAAGCUGGCCUGCAGCGACUCUAAGUCUGUCAACAUGGCCAACAACGUGCGAGGCCUGGUCAGGGGUCUGCUGGAAGGCAGGAUAGAGGCGGAGGAGUUCACUGAGGCGCUCUAUCAGGAGCUCAAGUCCACACCGCAACCCUGCUUGGUUCCCUUCCUCAAAAAAAGUCUCCCCGCAGUGCGUCGCCUUACCGCAGACCCUCAGGUAUUCAUCCAGCAGGCCUGCUCGUCGUCGUCGUCUUCGUCGUCCUCCUCCUGCUCUUCCUCCUCCUCCUGCCCCCCUGCUGUGAAGAAGCCCAACGUGAACCCAGCUCCAAGUCCGAGAGCCCUCCAUCCGGUGUCAAGUGGCGCAAGCGUGUUGGCCCAGUCCACAACUUUCACCACCAAGGACUUCAGAGGCAACUCUAUCCCCAAAGUCACCCCGGUCCAGAUUGGAAGAAAUUUCACAGGUUGUCCCUUUUACUCUGCUGGGAGGCACUCCAUGACGCAACCUUUUGCUCGAGAUCAUCCGUGCGCCCCCAGACUUGCUUUCAGGGACACUUCAGCCUCGUACAAAGAAGAUGAUGACAUUAACGACGUGGCGUCCAUGGCCGGCGUCAACCUGCGCGAGGAGAACGCUCAGAUCCUGACCAGCGCGGUGGGCUCUGUGGUGCAGUCGUGCCAGGAUCAGCUCUUCCUGUCUCCCGGCCCCUUGCUGGGCCGCAUCCUGUGCGCAGGACGGCCGCUGGGGGUGACCCAAGUGGGCCCAGAGGCGGUGGCUCUGGUUUCUCAUGCCGCUCAGGAAUAUCUCCGCGGCCUUCUGGAGAAGCUCAGCAUGAGGGCGGAACACCGCAAGGCACCACUGAAGGUACUCCGGUCGGCCUUCCUGGCUUAUGUUGCGUCUGGGCUCCUAUGAGCCGCUUCGCUUGGCACCCGUAGGA